UUUGCUCCAGCUGACUUCUCUUAUCUGUCAGUUUAUUGACGGCUGUGGAAUGAAUGUCUUGAUAACAGCAGUCAGGUCAGAGUCUCUGGAUCUCUCACACUCAUUAGAUGAAUCUGACAAUGGCAUGUGUUUGGAAAAUUAUUCUUCUCAACAUUUUCAUCGUCUCUGGUAGAAGUAACGUGAUGAAAGGUUAUUUCUGGCACAUCUCAGACCUCCACUGGGAUCCUUCUUAUGAUGUAGGGAGUAACUCUGCAUCAAAAUGUGCUUCUAGUGGAGGCCGUCCGACCCCAAACGCAGGCAGAUUUGGAGAUUAUUCCUGUGACUCCCCAUGGACUCUGAUAAACUCAACACUGAGUGCCAUGAGAGGGAUCCUGCCUGACCCGGACUUCAUCAUCUGGACCGGAGAUGAUACGCCUCAUGUGCCCGAUGAGCAGCUGGGAGUCGAACCUGUCCUGCGAAUAAUCGGCAAUCUCACCCACAUCAUAAAAACUACUUUUCCUAAUACCAAGGUGUAUUCUGCAAUGGGAAAUCAUGACUACCAUCCAAAGAACCAAAUGCCUCCAGAAAAAAACAACAUUUAUGAACAAACCGCAAACCUGUGGCAUGACUGGCUACAUGCGGCGUCAAAAGAAACCUUUAAAAUAGGUGGAUAUUACACAGAGAAGUUGCUGAAUCAAACUGGCUUCAGAGUCGUGGUCCUAAAUACGAACCUCUAUUACGAUCAGAACAAACUCACAGAAAAUAUCAAAGACCCUGCAGAUCAGUUCAGUUGGGCUGAUAAAGUGCUUCAGGACGCAGCUAAAAAUAAUGAGAAGGUUUACAUUAUUGGCCACGUCCCUCCAGGGUUUUUUGAGAAGAAACGAGAUAAAGCCUGGUUCAGAAAAGAGUUUAAUAAGCGCUAUAUAGAUCUCAUACAGAAGCACAGCGCUAUUAUACAGGGCCAGUUCUUCGGUCAUCAUCACACUGACAGCAUCCGCAUGUUCUACAGCUCAAAAGGAUCUCCCAUAAGUGCGAUGUUCCUGGCUCCAGGAGUGACGCCUUGGAUAACAACAUUACCUGGUGUCAUAGAUGGUGGAAAUAAUCCUGGAAUUCGCAUGUUUGAGUAUGACACCAAAACACUUUUGAUCAAGGAUAUAAUCACCUACUAUAUGAACCUGACAUACUCAAAUGUGGUACAUGAGCGCUGGGAGAAGGAGUACCGGCUGACGGAGGCGUUUCGUGUGCCCGACGCCUCUCCCGCCUCUAUGCACCGCGUGAUGGAGCGGAUAUCCAGCGACAAGUGUUAUCUGCAGAAGUACUACGAGUUCAACUCUGUGAAUUAUGACCUGACGGAGUGCCACGCUGACUGUCGCGUCGAUCACGUGUGCGCGAUGAGGGAAGUGGACUUUGAGGCCUAUGAGAAGUGCGUGGUGAAGGAGGGAGGAUCAUUCACUGCUCCAGUGCUGUUUACUCUGCUGCUGUCACUGAUGCUGAGCCUGCUGUGUUUCAACUGAUCACAGAACAGCAGCGUUUUUGCAAUAUUGUCACGUGAUCCCUUCAGACCGGUGCAUGAGCGUCAGUGACAUGUUCUCAGCAGUAUUUAAAGUAUUUAACGUGCUGUUCAUAAACUUGAUCUAUCAUGAUUUCUUUAUAUUUACUGAACUGUCUCUCAGUUCAGCCCAAAAUUAAAAUGUUUUUUGGGGGUCCCAAACAUUAAAAAAAAAAACAUAAUUUGUGUUCCACAGAAAUUUGGAGUGACGUGAAGGUAAAUAAAAAUUGCAGUUGUCUUUUCUUCUUUACUGAGACAUACUGUAUAUCUGAGUGAAAUGGCUUCUCUGCAAUAACACUGCAGAAUUCUGACUGUCUUUAUUUUAAGAUAAAAAGU